AUGGCUGAAAAUAUGGAUGUUAUUCCUAUUGAAAGCACUGGUGGAUGUCACCGAACUCCGGCUUCGACCACAAAGAACCAAUCCUCAAGGGACCAGCCUGUGCAAGUUUCGAUUCCAACGGUUCCAGUGAACCAUAAUGAGAAACCUGAAAAAUUCACUGGUGUGAAUUUUAAGACCUCGCAGCAGAAAAUACUAUUCUACUUAACAACAUUGAAUCUUGUGAGAUUCUUGAAAGAGGUUCCUCCCACUGUUGGAGAGGACGAAGCAGAUGUGCAAACUCAACAUGCAGUUGAGGCAUGGAAGCAUGCUGAAUUCCUUUGUAGGAAUUACAUUCUGAAUGGCUUGUCUGACUCGCUGUAUAGUGUGUACAGUGUGAAGAAAACGGCUAAGGAACUGUGGGAGUCUUUGGACCACAAGUACAAAGCCGAAGAUGUUGGAGCCAAGAAAUUCUUGGUUGGCCAAUUCUUGAACUUCAAGAUGGUGGAUUCCAAAAAUGUGAUAAGCCAAGUGCAAGAUCUUCAAUUGAUUAUCCAUGGAAUACAUGCUGAAGGGAUGGUCUUGAGUGAGUCUUUCCAAGUAGCUGCAAUUAUAGAGAAGCUACCCCCUGCAUGGAUAGACUUCAAAAAUUAUCUCAAGCACAAGCAAGGAAAUGAGUGUUGA